AUGACGUCUGUCAUCUGUGAUCUGAAGCAAUUGACAGCAGUGCUGCCAUUUGGCCGUGCUUUUCAAAAUUAUACAUUACGACAUUUUGCAAGUAAGGAAAAGGAAAGUAAUAAAUUAGAACGAAUAUAUUAUGGGACUCUUACCCCACAAAUAAGAGCUGUCAAAUUGUUUUCUGUGGGCUCGAGUGCACUAGGAUUAGCAGCACAACCUAUAAUUCUACGUGAAGCAAAGUCAAUAGGCAGCACAUCACUGAUAAUAGCUCUCUGCUCAGUUGUUGGAUUCUUUACUUUUGUUACUCCAAUACUAUUACAUAUUAUAACGAAAAAGUAUGUGACGGAAAUUCAUUAUGAUCCUGAAACUUUAACAUACAAAGCAACCACAUUAAACUUCUUUCUAGCACCAGUAAUACUGGAUUUCAAAGCAGAAGAUGUAGUAGUACCAGAUAUCCCUGGAAUGUUUACAACUAUGCUUGCUAAAGGCAAACCUCUCUUUAUAGAAGCAAGACAUUUUUCAGACCCCCUUCAUUAUGCCAAAAUUAUGGGUUAUGAUAAACCUUUAGAUUUUAAACUUGGAGAAACUCAAGAUGAUGCUAAUAAUAAGAAUAGU